GGCUGGGGACGGAGCGGGCACCAGGUGACGGGUCCCGAGCCCUCAAGAGGCCGAGACCGCCACCGCCUCAGCCCCGCCGCCGCCAUCCCGGGCCGCCUUCAGGGCCGCGGGGCCGCCACUGGCCGCCAUUGGCCGUCACGAGACCGCGCCUCAGCGGCCGCGGGGCCCCGAGCGGAGGCGGGCGCGGCUGAGGGACCGGGACGGGGACACGGCGGGGCUGGAUCGGGGACAGCUGCGGGGCCGGGACGGCACCCCCGGUGGGACUGGGGUCGGGAACACCAGAGGGUUGGGGCGAGACCCCCGCUGGGGCUGGGACAGGACACCGGCAGGCCCCGCGUGCCCUCCCAGCCCUUCCAGCCCCGCGGGCCCGCAGCGGUUCAGGGGCUCUGCUGCAGCCCGCAGAGGCACCCCCUGCUCGCUCGGGGAAAUCCCGGCCCGUCUGAGCCGCCCCGUGUCUUCCCCCCGGAGCGGGUCCCCUGAAAGCAGCUGGAAAUGAUCUCCCACAUGUAUCAGAAGGAGGAACUGUGGUUCUCCCACCUCUGCGCCUAUCGAGGGAUGUCCAAGACAGUGCUGAGCAGCACUUGUGCAGCUGAAGAUGGGACUGUGAGCAAAAAAGAGAAGAAUCCCCACCAGGGCAUCCCUGGGCCAGCAGAGCUGGAGGUUUCAGUCUCAGGACUCUCCAAGGAGAACAAUUCCCAGAGUCCUGCACAGGACCCAGUCAUUCCACGGAGAUGAGGAAGGGUUCAGAGACCUCUCGAGAAGAGGCAAAGCCGAGUGAUGCUGCGUGGGAAAAGUUUCAGGAAGCUACCAGAUAUUAUCCAGCAGAGAAAUUCCUCUGUGGGGAGACUGAUGAUAUGUGGGGACUGCGGGAAGAGCUUCCGUGUGAGUUCCAGCCUCGUGCAGCACCGGAGGAUCCACACUGGAGAGAAACCCUUCUCGUGCACCGAGUGUGGGGAGCGUUUCGGGCAGCGCUCCCAUCUCCUCCAGCACCAGAGGGUGCACACGGGGGAGAGGCCCUACGAGCGCUCCGAGUGCGGCAAGAGCUUCAGCGGCAGCUCCAAGCUGCUCCCACACCGGGGAGAGGCCCUUCGGCUGUGCCGAGUGCGGGAAGAGGUUCUGUGGAACUCCCAGCUGGUGCACACCGGGGAGAGGCCUUACACGGGCGGCAGCUGCGGGAGGAGCUUCAGCGUGAGCUCGGCCCUGGCGCGGCACCGGCACUCCGCACCGGGGAGAAGCGCUACGGCUGCACCGAGGGCGGGAAGAGCUCCAGCCAGAGCUCCGAGCUCAUGAAGCACCAGCGGGUGCACACCGGCGAGAAGCCGUGCAAGUGCUCCGAGUGCGGGAAGAGCUUCACCCUGAGUUCGGCCCUCAUCCAGCACCGCCGCUUCCAUGCGGGCGAGCGCCCGUACCGGUGCUCCGAGUGCGGGAAGAGCUUCACGGUGAGCUCCCACCUCAUCCAGCACCGCCGCUUCCACACCGGGGAGCGCCCCUUCGAGUGCACGGAGUGCGGGAAGAGCUUCCUGUGGCGGUCGGCCCUGCUGCGGCACCGGCGGGUGCACGGCGGGGAGCGGCCGUACGCCUGUACCGACUGCGGGGACAGCUUCAGAGAGAGCGCCCGCCUCACCCACACCGGCGAGCGGCCGUGCGCCUGUGCCGCCUGCGGGAGGGGCUGCGCCGUGAGCUCCGCGCUCCGGCGGCACCGGCACCGCCACAGGGCCGGGCAGCCCUCGGCUCUGAUUGAUCCCCGCGGUCACGGUGUCUCCGUUCUCUUCACCGACCGCCCUGCUCACGGAGCGAGAAGGCUCUUUCCUUGAAGAGAAUGAGUCCUAAAGGAGAGCGGUGCAAUGAGGGGAGAGGAGCGGGAGGUCUGGAGAGGAGCAGGGACACAGCAGGGGCAGUUGGUGGUGCUCGGACGGAAAGCUCUUGGGAGAGAAACGUGCUUUGAAAAGGCUGGAAUGUGCUUCGUGUAUGUCAGAGGAAGGUAAAUGACUCCGUGCCCACAGAGUGGACAACUGACAGUCUGAAGCACACGGACCAUCUGAGAGCCUGCAACAUUCAGGCAGCCAGAGUUCCUGAUCUGUGUGCAGAGGCGCCGAGCUCCCUCCGUCACUCCAGGGGCUGGAGCCGCAGCCCAAAGAAGCCCAAGGCCUGGUGCCCUCGGCCCUGUGCGCUGGCUCUCCGUGUGUGCCCGCGGCCCUGCAGGGGCUGUGUGGCGGCAGCUGCGCUGGUGCCGUUGCUGCAGCCGCCAAUAAAGCCGCCGCUGCCGCAGCGCCGCCUCCACCUUUCCUCCUCGGCCGCCCUUGGCGGCGUCGCUUGCGCAUGCGCGCGUUUGCUCUCCCGCCG